AUGGGCAACAAGCAGAGGGCUGAUGUUGCAGCCCAGCCUGUUAAAAAAGCCAAGUUUGAUGGGCCCCAAGAGAAGUUCAACACCUACGUGACGCUGAAGGUGCAGAAUGUCAAGAGCACGACCAUUGCCGUGCGCGGGAACCUGCCGUGCUGGGAGCAGGACUUCAUGUUUGAGAUCAACCGCCUGGACUUGGGGCUGACGGUGGAAGUGUGGAACAAGGGGCUGAUCUGGGACACCAUGGUGGGCACUGUAUGGAUCCCCUUGAGGACCAUUCGGCAGUCCAAUGAGGAGGGCCCCGGGGAAUGGCUCACCCUGGACUCCCAGGUCAUCAUGACCGACAACGAGAUCUCUGGCACCAAGGACCCCACCUUCCACCGCAUCCUGCUGGACACCCGCUUCGAGCUGCCGCUUGACAUCCCUGAGGAGGAGGCCAGGUACUGGGCCAAGAAGCUGGAGCAGCUGAAUGCGAUGAGGGACCAGGAUGACUACUCCUUCCAGGAGGAGCCGGAGAAGCCACUACCCGUGCACGGCUCCCAGUGCUGCAACUGGAAUUAUUUUGGCUGGGGAGAACAACAGAAUGACGACCCUGACAGCACCGUGGAUGACCGGGACAGUGACUACCGAAGUGAGACCAGCAAUAGCAUCCCACCUCCCUAUUACACCACCUCCCAGCCCAAUGCCUCGGUCCACCAGUAUCCCAUGAGGCACCAGCAGCAGAGCUCCCGGGACUCGUACACGGAUUCCAUGCAGAGCUACGAGAUGGACUAUUCGGAUCAGCGGCCAAUCAGACGCUACGAUAGCGUAGAUUCUGCCACAAACGGGCGCAGCGACGCUGAGUCCGCUUCCGAGUCAAGCAGGCGGACCAGCCGCCAGUACUCCCUUGAGAGCAGGCGGUCCCUAGACCUAUCUGAUAGCCCCACCGGGAGCAGCCGCUACGCCUCCUCUGGGGAGCUGAGCCAAGGGAGCUCCCAGCUCAGCGACGACUUCGACCCCGACGAGAGCCUGCGGGGCUCAGAGAUUGACGAGCGGGAUGGGGACUCCUACCACUCCUGCCACAGCUCGGUCAGCUACCACAAGGACUCACCCCGCUGGGAGGAGGAAGACGAUGACCUCUACUUGGAAGAAGAAGAUGAGUUCAAUGAGGACUACAGCGAGAAUGAGGAGGACUACCCCAAGGCCAAGGAAGACAAGCUGCAGGGCCGUGAGGCAUACGAGUCCGAGCCCUUGGAGCGAGAGCCCUACCAGCAGCAGAAGCAGCCGGUGCAGCUGCAGCAGCUACAGCAGGAGUCAUUGCAACAGAAGCCGCAGCUGCAGCAACAGGUCCCACCGCAGAAGCAGCAACAGGCGCCGCAGCAAGCGCAGCUACAGGUGCAGCAGGUGCAAGUGCAGCAGCAGCAGCAGCAGGUGCAGCAGGAGAGGAAAGAGGAUAAGGCAGGUUAUGCCCUACAGGAGACUCCAGAGGUCCCCCAGGAAAAGCUGGCAGAGGAGGAGCCCCCAGUCCCAGAGAAGGGACAAGAGCCUGAGCCCCCCAAACCAGAAGAGAGUUACAGAGAGAGGGAGGAAGUGGAAGUUCAGGAUGCCAAAUCCCGAGCCAAAGCCAACUGGCUGAGGGCAUUCAACAAAGUCUGCAUGCAGCUGCAAGAGGCUCGAGGUGCUGGAGAAGCUAAGUCUCUCUGGUUCAAAGGCGGGCCUGGCGGUGGGCUAAUCAUUAUUGACAGCAUGCCCGACAUACGCAGGAGAAAGCCCAUCCCCCUAGUUAGUGAUUUGGCCAUGUCCUUGGUCCAGUCCAGGAAAGCUGGUAUCACGUCAGCAUUAGCAUCAAGCACCUUAAACAAUGAAGAGCUAAAAAACCAUGUUUACAAGAAGACCCUUCAAGCCUUAAUCUACCCCAUCUCUUGCACAACCCCCCACAACUUCGAGGUGUGGACCGCAACCACACCCACCUACUGCUACGAGUGCGAGGGCUUGCUGUGGGGCAUUGCUCGGCAGGGCAUGCGCUGUACAGAGUGUGGGGUGAAAUGCCACGAGAAGUGCCAAGACCUGCUCAAUGCAGACUGCCUACAGAGAGCGGCUGAGAAGAGUUCCAAGCACGGGGCAGAGGACCGGACCCAGAACAUCAUCAUGGUGCUCAAGGACCGCAUGAAGAUUCGGGAGCGAAACAAGCCUGAGAUCUUCGAGCUGAUCCAGGAAGUCUUUGGUGUCUCCAAAGCCACCCACACACAGCAGAUGAAGGCGGUGAAGCAGAGCGUGCUGGAUGGCACCUCCAAGUGGUCGGCCAAGAUCAGCAUCACGGUUGUUUGUGCCCAGGGCCUGCAGGCAAAGGAUAAGACAGGCUCCAGUGACCCGUAUGUUACUGUCCAGGUUGGAAAGACGAAAAAAAGGACUAAAACUAUCUACGGAAAUCUAAACCCCGUCUGGGAGGAGAAUUUCCAUUUUGAAUGCCAUAACUCCUCUGAUCGGAUCAAGGUCCGGGUCUGGGAUGAAGACGAUGACAUCAAGUCUCGUGUCAAGCAACGCUUUAAGAGAGAGUCCGAUGACUUCCUGGGACAGACGAUCAUAGAGGUCCGAACACUGAGUGGCGAGAUGGAUGUCUGGUACAACCUAGACAAGCGAACGGACAAGUCGGCCGUGUCUGGAGCCAUCCGGCUUCACAUCAGCGUGGAAAUAAAGGGGGAGGAGAAGGUGGCUCCGUACCAUGUGCAGUACACGUGCCUACAUGAGAACCUCUUCCAUUUCGUGACGGACUUACAAAACAACGGGGUGGUGAAGAUCCCCGACGCCAAGGGGGACGAUGCCUGGAAGGUGUACUUCGACGAGACGGCCCAGGAGAUCGUGGAUGAGUUUGCCAUGCGGUACGGGGUGGAGUCCAUCUACCAGGCCAUGACCCACUUUGCCUGCCUGUCCUCUAAAUACAUGUGUCCCGGAGUGCCGGCGGUGAUGAGCACCCUGCUCGCCAACAUCAACGCUUACUAUGCACAUACCACUGCCUCCACCAACGUGUCUGCCUCCGACCGCUUUGCUGCUUCCAAUUUCGGGAAAGAGCGCUUCGUCAAGCUGCUGGACCAGCUGCACAAUUCGCUCCGGAUUGACCUGUCCAUGUACCGGAAUAACUUCCCUGCCAGCAGCCCUGAAAGGCUACAGGACCUCAAGUCAACAGUGGAUCUGUUAACCAGCAUCACCUUCUUCCGAAUGAAGGUCCAGGAGCUACAGAGCCCUCCCCGUGCCAGCCAAGUAGUGAAGGACUGCGUGAAAGCCUGCCUCAACUCCACCUAUGAAUACAUCUUCAACAACUGUCACGAGCUGUACAGCCGGGAGUACCAGACAGAUCCCACAAAGAAGGGUGAGGUGCCCCCUGAGGAGCAGGGGCCCAGCAUCAAGAACCUGGAUUUCUGGUCCAAACUCAUCACGCUGAUUGUCUCAAUUAUUGAAGAGGAUAAGAACUCCUACACGCCCUGUCUGAACCAGUUCCCCCAGGAGCUGAACGUGGGCAAGAUCAGUGCUGAAGUGAUGUGGAACCUCUUUGCUCAGGACAUGAAGUAUGCAAUGGAAGAGCACGACAAGCACCGCCUGUGCAAGAGCGCUGACUACAUGAACCUGCACUUCAAGGUGAAGUGGCUCUACAAUGAGUAUGUGACUGAGCUGCCUUCCUUCAAGAGCCGGGUGCCUGAGUACCCUGCGUGGUUUGAGCCUUUUGUUAUCCAGUGGCUGGAUGAGAAUGAGGAGGUGUCCCGCGAUUUCCUGCACGGAGCACUGGAGAGGGACAAGAAGGACGGGUUCCAGCAAACGUCUGAGCACGCGCUCUUCUCCUGCUCCGUGGUGGACGUCUUCUCCCAGCUGAACCAGAGCUUUGAGAUCAUCAAGAAGCUGGAGUGCCCUGACCCGCAGAUUGUGGGGCAUUACAUGCGGAGGUUUGCCAAGACCAUCAGCAACGUGUUGCUGCAGUACGCCGAGAUCAUCUCUAAAGAUUUCGCCUUACACUGCUCCAAGGAGAAAGAGAAAGUGCCCUGCAUCCUAAUGAACAACAUCCAGCAGCUUCGUGUCCAGCUGGAGAAGAUGUUUGAGGCCAUGGGGGGAAAGGAGCUGGAUGCAGAAGCCAGUGACAUCCUCAAGGAGCUGCAAGUGAAGCUCAAUAAUGUCCUGGAUGAACUGAGCAGAGUUUUUGCAACAAGCUUCCAGCCCCACAUCGAGGACUGCGUGAAGCAGAUGGGGGACAUCCUGAGCCAGGUGAAGGGCACCGGGAAUGUCCCUGCCAGCGCCUGCAGCAGCGUUGCACAGGACGCCGACAACGUCCUUCAGCCCAUCAUGGACCUUCUGGACAGCAACCUGACCCUCUUCGCCAAGAUCUGUGAGAAGACAGUCCUGAAGCGGGUGCUGAAGGAGCUGUGGAAGCUGGUGAUGAACACUAUGGAGAAGACCAUUGUCCUCCCACCGCUCACAGACCAGACGAUGAUUGGAACGCUCUUGAGAAAACAUGGCAAGGGGACAGAGAAGAGCAGGGUGAAGCUGCCCAGUCACACAGAUGGCACCCAGAUGAUCUUCAAUGCAGCCAAGGAGCUGGGACAGCUGUCAAAACUGAAGGACCACAUGGUGCGUGAGGAGGCCAAAAGCCUGACCCCCAAGCAGUGUGCGGUGGUGGAGCUGGCGCUGGACACCAUCAAGCAAUAUUUCCAUGCAGGAGGAGUUGGGCUGAAGAAAACCUUCCUGGAGAAGAGCCCCGACCUGCAGUCCCUGCGCUACGCCCUCUCCCUGUACACACAGGCCACUGAUCUGCUCAUCAAAACCUUUGUGCAGACACAGUCGUCUCAGGGAUCCGGCGUGGAUGACCCAGUUGGGGAGGUGUCCAUCCAUGUGGAGCUCUUCACACACCCUGGCACUGGGGAGCACAAGGUCACCGUCAAAGUGGUGGCUGCUAACGACCUGAAGUGGCAGACAUCCGGCAUCUUCCGGCCCUUCAUUGAGGUCAACAUCAUUGGGCCUAGUCUCAGCGACAAGAAGAGGAAAUUCGCCACCAAGUCCAAGAACAACAGCUGGGCACCCAAAUACAACGAGAGCUUCCAGUUCACCCUAGGCAGCGAGACAGGCCCCGAGUGCUACGAGCUGCAGGUGUGCGUGAAGGACUACUGCUUCGCCCGUGAGGACCGCACCGUGGGCAUUGCCGUGAUGCAGCUCAAGGACAUCAUGCAGCGUGGCAGCUGUGCCUGCUGGCUGCCCCUGGGCCGGCGCAUCCACAUGGACGACACGGGCCUCACCGUCCUGCGUAUCCUCUCGCAGCGCAACAACGACGAGGUGGCCAAGGAGUUCGUCAAGCUCAAGUCAGACACGCGCUCAGCAGAAGAAGGCAGCAGUUAAGGCCCCCUCCCCGUAGUAGAACCUCCC